GUCCAGCAUGAACAAAGAAACCACGCUACAGAACCUGUAAUAGAUGAUUAUAAAAAGAUGGGGACUCUCUUUGGCGAAUUAAACAAAAGCCUCAUCAGAAUCGGCUUCACGAGGAUGUAUUUUGGAGAACGGAUAGUAGAACCUGUAAUAAUCAUGUUCUUCUGGGUUAUGCUCUGGUUUCUCGGCUUGCAAGCUCUUGGACUAGUUGCAGUUCUGUGCCUUGUCAUUAUUUAUGUGCAGCAGUAACAUUUUAUAGAUGAUGCCUGUUGGAGCAGGUGUUACAAUGCCAUCACGGUUUCAGUAGGUUUAUAUUUUACUUAAAUGGGUGCUUUG